AUGGUGGACGGCGGCGGGUGGGAGAUGGACUCGCCGCGGUUCCGUACGAUCCUGCGCGCCACCAGCGGGCGCCGGAAGCGCGCGCCCGAGGUGAAGAGCUUCUCGCACGAGCUGAGCUCGCGGGGCGGCAGCUGCGGCGGAGGAGGAUGCGUCGUGCCGGCCAUGCGCAAGAUGGUGCGCGGCGGCGGGCUCGGCAGCACCACCCCGGAGGAGUUCAUCGGCGCCAUCCGGACCAAGUUCAUCCGCCUCAAGGAGGAGGUGGACAGCGAGCUGGGCGUCUUCGCGGGGGACCUCGUCGACGUGCUGGCGCGGGCGGGCGACGGCGAGGGCGCGGAGGCGGAGGAUCACCAUCCGGACGACUGGCGCGUCGCGCUCGAGGACCUGCUGGUGGUGGCGCAGCGGUGCGCGGAGAUGAGCCCCGAGGAGCUGUGGACCCGCUGCGAGGGCGUCGUGCAGGGCCUGGACGACCGCCGGCAGGAGCUCCCCGCGGGGCUCCCCAAGCAGGCGCACACGCGGAUCCUCUUCAUCCUCACGCGCUGCACCCGCCUGCUGCAGUUCCGCAAGGGCGCCGCCGUGGGCGGGUGCCGCUACGCCGACGUCGACGACGACGACGUCAGGCGCAACGUGCUCGGCCUGCACCAGCUCAGCGACCUCGGGCUCUACCCGAUCCACGUCGACGGCGGGGACCUCGGCCGCAAGAGCACCUCCAGCCUCACCGAGCUCAAGGAGCGGCUCAUCAGGCGGCGGAUGCUGGAGCACAAGCAGCUCACCGUCGACUUCUCCCCGGCGAGGAUCUUCUCGCCGUCCUCCGGGGACGGAUCGGCCGCGGCUGACGGUCACUCCCUCAGCGGCAAGAUGGCGUCGUGGAAGAAGCUCCCUUCCCCCGCCGAGAAGAACAAGAUCAGCAAGAACGCCGCUGGCGCGGGUGACGCCUCCGGGGAUGCUGCCGCCACGGCUACCAAGACCGCCGCCGCCGCCGGCGCGGGCGACGACAGCCCUGCGAAAAAGAAGCCCAUCAACCGGCACGGCAAGACGACGGUGGACGAGAUCGUGGAGCGCGUGGACGCGGCGAGCAUCCACAUCCACCCGGACGGGCUGGCGUGCCUGGGCGGCGACGCGGCCAUGAACCUGGCAGAGAUCCCGUCCCGGUACCCGGAGGCGCAGCAGAUCAUCGUGGACGGGAAGCCCCGGAUGAUCUGCCGCAUCUGCGACUUCGAGAUCCCCAUGGCGUGCGCCGAGGGCCACUUCGUGGUGUGCACGCUCGCCGACCGCUGCGACGCCAAGGGACACAGCGCGGACCAGCGCCUGCUGCGCGUCGCCGAGGUGCUCGACCGCGUGCUCGCCUGCUUCGACACCAGCGGCGGCGGCUCCCUCGGUGUUGGUGGUGGCAGGGCGAGCACAUCGUCCGAGUCGGACUCCAACAACGCCGCCGACCACGACCCACUGUCCCAGCUGCUGACCGUGCCGUCCACGGAGCUCUUCUCGGAGGGCGCGCUGACGCCGGCGUCGGGGAGCCUGCCGCAGUCGCCGCUGCUGACGCCGCGGACGAGCCACGCCGAGUCGCAGCUGACCAAGCACAAGGCGUUCGCGGAGUUGGAGAACUUCCAGCAGAUCGAGAGCCUUCUCGCCAUCGCGCGCGGCGUCGAGGGCAUCAAGAGCUCCGAGUACAACUCGCUGGAGGACCUCAGCUCCUACCUGGAGGACCUCAACGCCGUGAUCGACACGCGCAAGGUGGACGCGCUCGUCGUCGAGACGUUCGGGCGGAGGAUCGCCAAGCUGCUGCAGGAGAAGUUCAUGCAGCUGUGCGGGCAGAUCGACGACAUGGGCGGCGCGGGGGCGGACCAGCAGCAGCAGCACCUGCACCCGAUCGACGAGGAGGGCCCGAUGAUGGAGAGCGGCGGCGUGACGACGACGAGCUCGCGGGCGACGACGCUGAACGGUGGCAAUAACGCCAACAGGUUCAAGGACCGGACGUCCAUCGAGGACUUCGAGAUCAUCAAGCCCAUCAGCCGCGGCGCCUUUGGCCGCGUGUUCCUGGCCAAGAAGAGGGUCACCGGCGACCUCUUCGCCAUCAAGGUGCUCCGGAAGGCGGACAUGAUCCGGAAGAACGCCGUGGAGAGCAUCCUGGCGGAGCGCGACAUCCUCAUCUCCGCGCGCAACCCCUUCGUGGUCCGCUUCUUCUACUCCUUCACGUGCAGGGAGAACCUGUACCUGGUCAUGGAGUACCUCAACGGCGGAGACCUCUACUCCCUGCUCAGGAACCUCGGCUGCCUCGACGAGGACAUGGCCAGGACAUACAUCGCUGAGCUCGUUCUUGCGUUGGAGUACCUGCACUCCAUGAACGUGAUCCACCGUGACUUGAAGCCUGACAACUUGCUGAUCUCUCGCGACGGCCACAUCAAGCUGACCGAUUUCGGGCUGUCCAAAGUGGGCCUCAUCAACAGCACGGACGACCUGUCGGGCCCGGACGUCAGCAGCGUCCUCGUCGGCGACCACCAGCCGACGGACGCAGAGCACCGGGAGCAGAAGCGGCAGCAGCGGCAGAAGCAGACGGCAGUGGGCACGCCGGACUAUCUGGCGCCGGAGAUACUGCUCGGCAUGACCCACGGCCCAACUGCAGAUUGGUGGUCGGUUGGCGUCAUCCUGUUCGAGCUGCUCGUGGGGAUUCCUCCCUUCAAUGCUGAGCACCCGCAGAUAAUAUUCGACAACAUAAUGAACCGAGAAAUACCUUGGCCACAAGUACCAGAGGAGCUGAGUUUUGAAGCGUAUGAUUUGAUUGACAAGUUGCUGAUGGAAAACCUGAUGCAAAGAUUAGGCGCGACCGGUGCUGGAGAGGUAAAGGCUCAUCCGUUCUUCAAAGACAUCAACUGGGACAUGCUUGCCAGACAAAAGGUUGCAUUCAUCCCUUCCACAGAUGACGAGUACGACACGAGCUACUUCGCCUGCCGCCACGCCUGGGGCAGCGCUGACGAGCAAGUCAAUGCGGUCGGCAACGAUUAUGACGACCGGAGUGAGACCAGCAGCAUGAGCUGCGGCAGCAGUCCACAUAGCGAUUAUGAGGAAGAUGGUGAUGAGUGUGGUAGCAUGGAAGAAUUCGGCGCGCCUUUGUCGGUGAAAUAUUCUUUCAGCAACUUCUCAUUCAAGAACAUCUCUCAGCUAGCAUCCAUGAACUACGACCUGAUGACGAAGCAUAACUUGGAUCCUUUGCAGUCCUCGAAAUCUUGA